GUGGUCGUCGCCGUCGUCGUUGUCGUCGUCGUACCACAAUAUCUGUGCGAGGUUGGUGUGUGCAGGAAGUUCGUGUUCGGGAAAGAACUUGCUCGGUGCUAGAAAAGUGUGUUUUUUUCUUUGUGUGAAGCUGUGCCUACGUUUGUGAUUGCAGCCAUUGAAGAGAAGGUCGUUCGUAGCUGUACGCAAAGGUAACCCCCGUGGCGCUGUGCAUGGUGGUGUGAAAAACGGAAAUACGCGAUGACUAUCAAACCCGUGGUCAAUCAAAAAAGUGCUAAAGAGGAAACGCAGGAGGGCACGCCUCAGAAUGUCCAUGGUGUUGGCAGUGCGGGCGUUCGAACGUCGCACCGUAAUGUGGUGCUUAAUCAGCUGUCGUCAUCGGAAUCACAAGCACUGCCAAGGGAAAAACGGGUGCUAACACCUCAUAGCUUCGAAAACGACAGCGUAGUACGUCAUCGUAGAAGCCCACACAAAAAUCUUGGGCGCCUAAAACGUGAUCAUUACCACAAGCGAGAAAGCCGUGAACGUGAUAAAACCGCCGGUUCUCCAAGCUACCACCAUCAUGUCGUGCUGCAACCGUCAGCCAGUGGCAAAAAACAGACCUCAACCUGCUCGAGCGCACUGGCUAGCACGGCUGGCGGGGGCCGAUCGCCAAAAAGCACCCAUCAGUCGUCCGGAUCGAGUGGAGCGUUGCUCAGCGGCCACCAGGGCGUCGUCGUGAGCAAACCAGGUGUUUCGGGAGUUGAUCUCAAUGCCGUGCUGGAGGAUGUACGUUCGGGCUACAACAGUGGUGAUGAGUACUUCGAGCAGAAGGACGCACAGCUGACGGCAGAUGAAUGGAAGAAGCGCGAUGAAGCGUUCGCGAAGGUACUGUCCGAGCGUGGCUUUAUCCUGCACGAGAUGGAGGAGGAUGGUGCGUGUCUGUUUCGUGCCAUAUCGCUGCAGAUAUACGGUGAUCAAGAUAUGCACGAAGUUAUCCGACAGCAUACGAUGGAUUACAUUUACAAAAAUCGCGAGUAUUUUGCACAGUUCGUUACCGAGGACAUCACCGAUUACGUCGAACGGAAGCGCGCUAACCAUGUGCAUGGCAAUCAUAUAGAAAUUCAAGCAAUGUCUGAGAUGUACAAUCGUUCCGUGGAGCUAUAUUGCUAUCAAACUAAACCGACCAAUAUAUUCAACUCGGAUCAACUCAACAACGGUAACGAACCAUUUCGGCUGUCCUAUCAGCGCAGCUCGCACUACAACGCCAUUGUUAACCCGUACAAAGCAUCCGUCGGUGUCGGACUAGGAUUAGCCGGUUACCGACCGGACGAGCUCGACAUCAAGGAUGUGGCUGACGCGGUGCGCAUGAGCGAGGAGCUGGAGAUAGAAAAAACGAUGCUGGAAGACAAGCUCAAAACGACUGACUGGGAGGCAACGAACGACGAGAUCGCGGAACAGAUCGCCCGCGAAUCUUACGCACAGUACUGUCGCGAAAGUCGGCUCGGUGCCGGUGGUGGAUCGAGCCAAAACAAAAGCACCAGCAGUACGAUCACCUCCAAAGAGAUGAUGGCGGCCUGUGCAAGUGGAUCGCAAGCGGCUUCCUCGUUUCUGAUGGAGCUACGUAAGUCACCCUCCGCAGCCCAUCAGUCCGUAUCGGGACAUGCGAGUGAUCGGGGCGCUUGUUCGUCCAGCUCGAAAAAUAGUUCGUUCGAGCUGGAAUGUUGUUCUUCGCCAUCGUCCUCACAGCAGCAAUACUAUUACGGGUCGAGCACGAAUUCGAGUAGCACCACCAGCAACAGCACAACCUGCACCGGUGAAUGCAACCGUAGGAAAAAGCGCAAUCUGAACUCACCGAUCGAAAAACCGAAUGCCGCAGAAACAAAGAAGUGCAAAGCAAACAGCAAUCGUUCAUCCAGCAGCUCGAACAGUCCCCGUCGAUCCGAAAGUCCCGUUCAAGAUAAAUUAAGUGCUCCCUCGCCGCCAAGCACAUCGAGCACAUCACCUCCAGCCAGGGUAGAUAGUGGGGAGGAGGAAAGUAGUGGCAGCGGUGGCACAAGUGGUAUGUUUAUGGCUUUGCAACCGCAGCUACCCUUGCGCGACGAAACACCAAUGUCUGAGUUUUAUCAAUCGUUGCUCGAAUCUUCCUACACGGACGAUGGUAGCUUCGGGCAGUUGUCCGAGCGGGAGAUGAUACAGAAAGCGCUAGAGGAAUCGGCGAUGGAUUUCGUAAAACGCUGCGACGGUUCCAAAGCGUUCCACGAAGACAAAUACGGCACAACGGAUGAGGAGUAUGAUUCCCCGUCGCCGUGA